CACACAUACACGUGCCCAGAAGCUCCGGUUCUGCAAGAUUAGAGAAAUGGCUCCGGUUGCAAUCAAGCGCGUUUUAAUAAGCGAAAGUGUGGAUCCGUGCUGCAAGAAGAUUUUGCAAGAAAAUGGAAUUGAAGUCACUGAAAGAACAAAUAUGAACAAAGAUGAGCUGAAAGCACAGAUUAAGGAUUUUGAUGGUCUGGUUGUGCGGUCAGCUACCAAAGUGAGUGCUGACGUCAUCGCAUCCGCCGGGAGCCUGAAGCUGAUUGGACGAGCCGGAACCGGCGUGGACAACGUGGACGUGGAGGCGGCCACCAAGAAAGGCAUCAUUGUCAUGAACACUCCAAGUGGCAACACAAUCAGUGCUGCUGAACUGACCUGUGCCCUUGUGAUGAGUUUAUCAAGAAAGGUUCCACAAGCUGCUAUGUCGAUGAAGGCAGGAAACUGGGAUCGUAAAAAGUUCAUGGGUGCAGAGUUGUACGGCAAAACCCUUGGUAUACUUGGUCUUGGAAGGAUCGGGAAAGAGGUGGCCACUAGAAUGCAGUCUUUUGGAAUGAAGACCAUUGGUUAUGAUCCCAUUACUCCCCCAGAGGUGUCUAAGGGCUGGGGGGUGGAGCAGAUGUCUCUGGAGGCGCUGUGGCCUCAGUGUGAUUAUAUCACCGUGCAUACGCCUCUCAUGCCCUCCACCACAGGAUUACUGAAUGAUGCCUCAUUUGCUAAAUGUAAGAGAGGUGUGAAGGUGGUAAACUGUGCCCGUGGAGGCAUCAUUGAUGAAGCUGCUUUGCUAAGAGCUCUAGAGUCUGGUCAGUGUGGAGGAGCAGGUCUGGAUGUGUUUGUAGAGGAGCCUCCCAAGGACAGGGCCCUGGUGAACCACCCUAAUGUGAUCAGCUGCCCGCAUCUGGGAGCCAGCACGAUGGAGGCCCAGGCUCGCUGUGGCCAAGACAUUGCACUGCAGAUUGUGGACAUGGUCAAAGGGACAGCAUUAGUGGGAGCGGUGAAUGCACAGGUUCUGGCUAGCACCUUUACCCCUGAGUCACAGCAAUGGAUCAGGCUUGGGGAGGCCUUGGGGAAGUUGCUGAAGGUCUGCAACUCAACUAAACAGCCCUAUGACAAAGUCAACAUCACUACUCAAGGAGAAUGUUUGAAGAAAUCACUUGAGCUCCUGAGCUCAGCUGCUGCUGUUGGACUUUUGGCUGAAAGCUCUGAGAACGGCCUUAAUCUGGUGAAUGCUCUCACGCUAGCGGAAGAGACAGGAAUUAUAAUUAAAAAAGAUCACAUUGAUGGGAAUGAAGCAAAAGCCACCUGCAUGUUGGAGACCUCUGUAAAUGGCAGUGUUUAUAAAGCCUUGGGCACGGUGCAGAACACAGUACCAGUUCUUCUGGAGAUGAACGGCAGUGUAUUUAGACAGCCAGUGGCUCUCUCUGGAAACCUGUUGUUUUUCAGGGCGGCAACUUCUCCUCAGCUCCUGCCUUCUGUUACUGGUGUGCUGGCAGCAGCAGGUGUUGAGAUUGAUCACUUCAGUGCCUCCAGUACCUCUGGUGGAGAUCAUUGGUAUUGUGUGGGGGUUUCCUGUCUGCUGAAAGACUUCAGCACUCUCAUGCCCCUGGUGAAAGAGGCAGCACAACUUAUUGUAUAAGCUCCUGCUAUCUGCAUGUUUGUGGGAAUCUUCUGUAGCAUUCCAGUGUCUUACAUAUCUAAGUAUUUGAAAGAUUUCUUCAGUCCUGGGGAUACCCAACAUAAUUGAUAGAGCUCAUUACCUGCAUUUUUUUUAAUCAAACCUGUCCUUUGCAUUUGUAACAUGGUGAAAUUACUAUGGACAAGAACAGUUGUGUGAAUCAGAUGUGAUUGUGGUAAUAUGCUGCUGAAUGCUCUAGAAGGAUAUUAGGUUGAAAGUAUAUUGGAGGAAUAAUUUUACAUUUUCUAAGAUCGGGGUGGGUUUGUGUCAGGAGCAAUUUCUGAAAAUAUGGAGGGCAGUGAAUCCCUAGGACUGGAGGUAGGAAAAAUUUGAUUUAACACAAGCACAGCUUGCCCUUAGUACACAGGUUCCUCAACCCAGGUCCUGGACAAUAUUAGUGUUUUCCCUACUCUAACACACCCUUCAACUCAAGAUGAAUUAGUUGUGCUGGGAGCAGGAAAUACACUAGAAUGUGCAGGACCGUGUACUCCAGGACCAUGGAUUAGUACCUGUGAUAGUGCAAUAUAGAUAUAAUUUCAUAAGCAUAAACCUUAAUUUUGGUUCCAUGUUGUGUGUGUAAGCUACAUUUGAAUUUUCUAAACCAUUUAAUAGAACUGCUACUAACAAGCAAGCAGUGAUAUUUUUCUAGAAAAGCAACUAAUAAACAAUGGAUGCAUGGAUGAUACCUAGUUGAUUCCCCAGACUGAUUUCAUUGAUUAAAGACAAGUUAUUCAACUGGUCAGUUAAUUAACCGAUUUGAUAAAUGUGUUGGAGUUGAAAAGUCACUACGCUGCUUGACUCUUUUCUCUGCAAAACAGAGGAUUUUCUUAAUCCUAAGCUCCCUUUUCUGUAAAGUCCUUGUGGCUCCAUGACUCAGCCGUUAGCAUUGCUGAGUAAUAGUCUGAGAUCAAGUUACCAGCUGUGAUAUUUUGUAUUUCUCUUUGCUUUCAUCUGGGUUUGUUCUGAGUUCGCUCAUUUUCUCCCACCUCACAGAAUCAUGGCAGUAGGUGAAUUGGCUACUUUAAAUUGCCCCUAGCUGUAAGUGUAUUAGCCAGUGCAUGAGUGAGUCAAAGAUUGCCAGGGUGUAUUCCCACUUCCUGCCUGGGAUAGGGUCAGGAUUUACCAGAGUCCUGACUAGGAUAAAGCGCUUAAUGAAGAUAAACGAUUGAUUUACAGUUAAUUGAUAGACCUGAUGUGAUGAGUAUAAAAUCACCAUACUGCACGACAACAUUUCAUCUGACACUAAGAUAGUUUUGUAAUACGUUUUACUAGAAUGUAAAAAAGUUUAACACUAAAAAGUCAAAUAAGCUUUUUUGUUCUCAUGAUAUGCGGAUUUUGAAUGAUUAAAAACAAUAUGAAAAAUA